AUGGGAGGGCAGGGAGGGAUGGACAUGGCAGGGAGGGGUGUGGAGGAGGAGGAGGGGGAGAGUGCGGUGAGAGGGAGGAGCAAUUGGAUGGAGGAGACGGGGAAGAGCCGGGGGCAGAUGGAGGCGAGAGGCGUGACGUGUCUGUACGUGAAGCGGAGCAUCCGGCAGUUCGAGGAGAUCAGCUAUGAUGGCACCGGGCGCGGGUGUGCAGGGGGCGUGACGUGUCUGUACAUCAAGCGGGGAAUCCGGCAGUUUGAGGAGAUCAGCUACGAUGGCACCGUUAUUGUGCGGGCUGCAGGGAGCGAUGAUCCUUCGCCUCCCUUCCUACUUUCCCAUCCCCCCUUCCUUUCCCCAUCCCUCUCCCUUUCCCCAUCCCUCUCCUUUUCCCCAUCCCUCUCCCUUUCCCCGCCCCCCUCCUUUUCUCCACCCUCCUCCCAUUCCCCAACCUUCUCGCAGGUGUAUGGGGAUGUGAGUCCUGGGGCAGUGGUGCGAGCAGCAGGGGACGUCAUAGUUCUUGGCCGGCUGGCAGGAAAGGUGUAUGGGGAUGUGAGUCCAGGGGCAGUGGUGAGAGCAGCAGGGGACGUCAUAGUUCUCGGUCGGCUGGCAGGCAAGGUGCAUGCAGGGAGCGGUGGAAACCGGCGCAGUGUGGUGGUGGCGCUGUGCAUGGAGCCCAGUGUGGUGGCGAUUGCCACUGAGGUGGAGCAGGGCGCACAGGGGAAGGCGGCAGGGCUUCCCGAAGUGGCUUCUAUAGAUUCAUCCGGGCAUAUAUGCAUAGAGCCCGCCGGCCCCAACAGGCAGGUGCAGGUGAACGGCAAGGGGAGGGCGGAUCCAGUGAUGGCACAUCUGGCCAGCACUCACCUGAUGGACGUCUCUUGGAAUGUCGAGCCUCCACCAGCCGCUGCUGCUGCAGCGGGGAAGAAGCUCUCUCGGACGGCUGUGGCCUCGCUGGUCACGGGGGCGUACAUCUGUGUGGCUGGUGCCAUGGCUCUCGUGUUUCCCACCUUCACGUUUGUUUCUGUGCUCUCGUGGCAUCUGGCGCAGUUCCAGCCAUGGUUUUGCUUGUAA